CCGAUUCCUUCUUUACCAACUCACGUUUACCGUGCCAAUUAAUUUCACCUUAUUUUACUAAAAAAUCGGGUUAUAUACAAAAAUAUAAUCAAGAAAAAAGGUUCUAAUUAAUUAUGAAACCUCUUAUGCUUCAUGGGCACGAACGUGCCAUAACUCAAAUUAAAUAUAACCGCGAAGGAGAUCUUUUAUUUUCUUCAUCGAAAGAUAACAAACCAAAUGUGUGGUAUUCUUUAAAUGGGGAGCGUUUAGGAACGUUUAACGGCCACCAAGGGGCUGUUUGGUGUAUUGAUGUAGAUUGGACGACGACUCGAUUUAUGUCUGGUGGUGGUGAUAAUACUUUCCGAGUUUGGGAUUGCGAAACUGGAAAAGAAAUUGGUUGUGUUUCGACGAAUUCAUCUGUCCGUGCUUGUAAUUUCAGUUUUUCUGGAAAUAUGGCUGCUUAUGCUACCGAUAAAGCCAUGAAACAUAAUUGUGAAAUAUUUAUAAUUGAUACGAGGAAUGUUGAUGAAAGUAUAGCACAAGCUCAGCCAAUUUUACGUAUUCCAAUCAGUGGAGCAAGGGUUAGCUCGAUGUUAUGGGGGGCUUUAGAUGAAACCUUAUUAACCGGGCAUGAUAAUGGCGAAAUAAGCCAGUGGGAUAUUAAAACCGGAAAAAAAUUGCAUACAAUAAAAGAACAUGAUAAUUUAGUUAAUGAUAUGCAAAUGAGUAAAGACGCAACAAUGUUUAUUACCGCUUCGAAAGAUCAUACUGCUAAAUUGUUUGAUUCCGACAAUUUAAUGUUAUUAAAAUCUUAUAAAACUGAACGUCCCGUUAAUUCAGCUGCUAUUAGCCCCAUUUGCGAACACGUCGUUGUAGGAGGAGGUCAAGAUGCCAUGGAUGUAACAACUACAUCCGCUAGGGUUGGAAAAUUCGACUCUCGCUUCUUCCAUUUAGUUUUUGAAGAAGAAUUUGGGCGCGUUAAGGGACAUUUUGGACCUAUUAAUAGUGUUGCUUUUCAUCCAGAUGGAAAAAGUUAUAGUUCCGGUGGGGAAGAUGGUUAUGUUAGAGUUCAUAGUUUUGAUCAAUCUUAUUUCGAUUACGGAUUCGAUUAUUAAAUUUCGAUUUAUUUUUGUAUUAUUAUUUUACUUUUUGUAAGAUUUGAGUGUUUCUUCUGAAUAAAAAUUAUGGAACAGAACUUAAAUAUUAAGUUGGUA